UGUGAGAGAGGGUAUGACAGAGAGAGAGAGCACAGGGCGUUGCAAGCAAGGGAGGAAAUAUUGAUGAGAAUGAUGGACCUGAUGACGAAGAGUAGAACAAUGUGAUGAUGUGUGGUUCUGGACGAGACUGGAAUCUCUAUUUAAAUCAUAUCAGACAGUCUGACGAGAAGAGGCAUAGUGACGAGAGAGGAUAAAAGAUAACAGACGGCCCCCACCAACUCAUUUCCCAGUUCACUCCUCUGCCAAGUACUGUACAAGGAGCAUCAAUGGACCUGUCAAUCAACCUCUACCCCUUUCUCCUCCUCUUUUCCAUCAGUGGAGUUCUUGGAGUGUGCCCAGAUGGAUGCCAGUGCAGAGACAGCAAAAUCCUCUGCCAAGGCAGGUCAAUCACAGAGUUCCCGUCCUCAGUGCCUGGCUCUACCACCACCUUCUACAUCUCCAACACCAACAUUACUGCUCUCAAACCCCAUGACUUGGCUACUUUUGCCGAGGCACUUGGCAUCUUUGUGGUCAAAGACACUGGGAUCAGAGAGGUGUUCCCUGGCACCUUUGACCUCAGUCAUAACCUGGGUGCCCUGGGCUUCACCGGCACUGAGCUGAAUGACCUGCCUGAGGCCCUGUUUCUAAAUCUGGUGAAGCUGGAAUCUCUGACUCUGAGCGGCAACAAGCUCCUGGUGCUCCGCCCUGCCUGGCUCAACUCCCUCACUGCUCUUAGGACCAUGGACAUUAGCAAGAACCUCAUCACGUCUGUACCUGAGGAGGCCUUUUGCUCUGUCACUGAGCUGCAGCAUCUCUCCCUAGCCAGGAAUAACAUCAGUCAGCUUUCAAGGGACACCUUCAGGGGCCUGAGAAAUCUCAAAUCCCUGCGUCUGAACCGGAACGCUCUCAGGGAGAUCCCUGCCGGAGCGUUGGAUGACCUGGUGAGCCUGGAGGAGAUUUCUCUGCAGGAUAACGACAUCACUCAUCUCUCCGCUAACCUGUUCUCCCAGCUGCAGAGCCUGCAGAAGCUUUAUCUCUCCAGCAACCGGCUGACUUCCCUCCCACAGGGGAUUUUCCUCAACCUCCCAAACUUGGCCCAGAUCUCACUGUAUGAGAAUGAGCUCCAGAGUCUGUCCCCAGGGGUUUUUGGGCCCAUGGCUCUGAAGGAGCUAUGGCUGUAUGACAACCGGCUGACACGCCUGGAGGGCAAAACCUUCAGCAACCUGACCCAGCUACGUCUGCUGGUGCUGAGCCGGAACCAAAUCAGCUCUGUGUCCCCCAGGGCCUUCAGUGGACUGGCCGAGCUGGGGGAAGUGUCCCUGCACACCAACCUCCUCACCAGCCUGCGGGAAGGGACCUUCCAGGGUCUGCCCAAGCUGGUCAACAUCUCCCUCAAACACAACUACAUCAGCUCCCUCCCCGCGGGGCUUCUCCAGGGCCAGACCCAACUUGGCCAGCUGGUCCUCCACAACAACUCCCUACCCAAUCUGCCCUCAGAGCUACUCAGCACCCUAACAGAGGCCAAGGAGGUGUUGCUGGCUGACAACCCCUGGAGGUGCGACCAGGAUAUUGUGCCACUGCGCGACUGGCUUACACGGCACCCCACCAAGACCAACCUCAGUGCUGUGGUGUGCCUCACGCCCUCUGCCCUGAGAGGUUACAGCAUAGCCAACCUGACCAACGACGAGCUGAUGCAGGAUACUACGACAGCCGUCCCUGAUAUCGCCCCCACAGAGAAGAGGAGGAAACCCCACACCCCCCCUCCCAAUACAAGCACCCCCUCUCCUGCUGCAGAGGCCACACCCACCCAGGAGCAGGACACCGGUAGUGGGCGGGGGAACGGAGAGGGCGCGUCCAGGAACACGCAGAUCCUUAUCACCGCGGUAGUCUGCACCGCUGUCAUCACUGUCACUGUCGUCUGCUGCGUCUAUUGGAGGAGGAACAGGAGAGACAGCCGCAAUCUUGGCCGCAGGAACAAAAACAACUCAUGUGUUUGCCUGACUCUCUCUAUAACUGUCUUACUCGCCUCUGUCGAUUAUAAGCCUCAAGACGAGAGGAAAUCAUCAGGAAAAAUGACUAGAGGACACACCUUCAUCUGUCUUCUGCCUUUACUGAUUGGGUAUUCAUCUCAGUCCUGUCAGAAGGACUGUUCCAAAGAAAACCAGGAUGUUUAUGGCAUGGACGUGACACAGAUCCCAGUAAGUCUGAAAGCAGGUGUCACAGAGGUCUUCUUUGUGGACAGUAACAUCACUGUCAUCCCAAAGGGGGCCUUCGCCACCAACCCGAAGCUGGAAAAGGUAGCAUUCAUCAACACCCCCACCGUGUCCGUAGAGAACGGUGCUUUUGAGGGAUUGGUCAACCUCAAGCAUAUUGAGAUCUCCAAUACCCCACUAACAUCCUUGUCUGUAGAUGUCUUCCAAGACCUGCACAACCUGGAAGAACUUCUGCUGAAACACAACAAGAUCCGUAGUCUGGAGAAAGGAUUGUUUGAUGGCCUUAAGAAACUGAGAGAACUCCAAUUGCACAUAAACAAGAUUGACACCAUUGAGGAGGGGACAUUUGAUAACCUAGAAAACCUUCGGACCCUCCAUCUGGCCAAAAACGACCUCAGUUCUGUGUCCUCCACCCUGUUCUCCAAGCUGCACAAACUGGAGGUACUGAGGCUCUAUGAGAACCAACUUACCGCCAUUCCUGACGAUAUAUUAGAAAAUCUAUCCAAUUUAAAGGAGAUCGCUCUACAGAGUAACAACAUCACUUCAAUAUCAGCCAAUUUGUUCCCACAUAAAGACAAAUUAAACAAGAUACUUUUGGACAAUAACAUGUUGACUGAAUUGCCUCCAGAAAUAUUUGUGGGCUUUCCUCUGCUUAAAGCAUUGACACUAAAUGGAAAUAAACUUGCAAGUCUACCUCCUGUCCUCUUUGGAGAGAUGCCCAAGCUGACUGAUUUGAGUCUCAGUCGAAACAGUCUUACCAGCCUUCCUCAGGGAGUAUUUAGUCCUCUUAAGAAACUCAAGAAGUUGGAUCUGUCUAACAACCAAUUGUUAACCGUGUCUGAAGAGUCUUUUGAGGGCCUUGAGAAGCUAACAGAACUCAAUCUUCAAUACAACCACAUCAAAUCAUUGAAAGCAAACACCUUUGAAAAGCUGACAUCACUAACCACCCUGAGACUGGCUCAUAAUAUCCUGGGGACACUUCCAGAGGAUGUAUUUGACCCCUUACCAAAACUCAGCAAAGUAUAUUUAAACAACAACACUUGGCAUUGUGACUGCAGGAUGGUCCCCCUCUUCAAUUGGAUGAAGACAAACCCUGGCAAGAUCAAGUCUGUGACUCCUGAGAUCUGUAACCAGCCGGAGGAUUUAAAGGGACAAGAAAUCAUGUCUCUCAAAGAGGACCAGCUCAUAUGUCCUGUAUCUCCUCUGACCACCAUCCCUUCACUCACCACAACCACCACCUUAGCCCCUACCACAACCACCACCAUAGCCCCUACCACAACCACCACCAUAUCCCCUACCACAACCACCACCUUAGCCCCUACCACAACCACCACCUUAGCCCCUACCACAACCACCACCAUAGCCCCUACCACAACCACCACCUUAGCCCCUACCACAACCACCACCUUAGCCCCUACCACAACCACCACCAUAGCCCCUACCACAACCACCACCAUAGCCCCUACCACAACCACCACCUUAGCCCCUACCACAACCACCACCUUAGCCCCUACCACAACCACCACCAUAGCCCCUACCACAACCACCACCAUAGUCCCUACCACAACCACCACCAUAGUCCCUACCACAACCACCACCAUAGUCCCUACCACAACCACCACCAUAGUCCCUACCACAACCACCACCAUAGCCCCUACCACAACCACCACCAUAGCCCCUACCACAACCACCACCAUAGCCCCUACCACAACCACCACCUUAGCCCCUACCACAACCACCACCUUAGCCCCUACCACAACCACCACCUUAGCCCCUACCACAACCACCACCAUAGCCCCUACCACAACCACCACCAUAGCCCCUACCACAACCACCACCUUAGCCCCUACCACAACCACCACCUUAGCCCCUACCACAACCACCACCUUAGCCCCUACCACAACCACCACCUUAGCCCCUACGACAACCACCUUAGCCACACCCACAACCACAACCACUGUCUCAACCCCAAUACCCACCACCACACUUUUUACCACUAUCCCAACAACCACCAUCACAAGAACCAUCCUGAGAGAUUCAACAGAUCCACUGACCACGCCAAGGAUCUUCAGCUGUCCCAACAUAGCACCUUCUCGUCGUCCGUCCCCCUCCUACUACACCCGCCAGGCCUGGAGCAAGACCUCGCAGUGCAGGGCCCAGAUGAUAUCCUACACAGCCAUGCUGGUGGUGGAGAUAGCCUGCACCCUGGUGCUGGCUAAGUUCACCCUGUCCCUGUACAGCUUGCUCCAGCGCAGGGAGAGGCUGUACACACGGGUCAACCUGACUCACUUUUCCUACAGGAAGGAGAUCACGCUGAGGCCAGUCAAGGUGACAGAGACUGUGGGUCUGUGAUCAGAGGAGGGGGGGGGUUCACAUGAUUGCGCAAAUCACAAAUCCCUAGUGAUGGUGUAAGGGGAAGAAAAUAGGGAAUGUUAGUCAUCUUUUCUGAAAAUUAAAUAAACACAAACAUAUUAAUCAAUCAAAUGUAUUGAAGCCGGUUUUACAUCAGCCGAUGUCUUUGGGGUGCAACAGCCUAGGAGUAGUCCAAUACAGUAACACAGUAACACAAUACAGUAACACAGUAACACAAUACAGUAACACGUUACAGUACAGUAACACAAUACAGUAACACGUUACAGUACAGUAACACAGUAGUCCAAUACAGUAACACGUUACAGUACAGUAACACAAUAGAGUAACACGUUACAGUACAGUAACACAGUAGUCCAGUACAGUAACACAGUAACACAAUACAGUAACACAGUAACACAAUACAGUAACACAGUAACACAACAGUAACACAGUAACACAACAGUAACACGUUACAGUAACACAGUAACACAACAGUAACACGUUACAGUAACACAGUAACCCAACACAGUAACACGUUACAGUACAGUAACACAAUACAGUAACACGUUACAGUACAGUAACACAGUAACACAAUACAGUAACACGUUACAGUACAGUAACACAGUAGUCCAAUACAGUAACACGUUACAGUACAGUAACACAAUACAGUAACACGUUACAGUACAGUAACACAGUAACACAAUACAGUAACACAUUACAGUACAGUAACACAGUAGUCCAAUACAGUAACACGUUACAGUACUCUUGGCUAAGAGUUGAGGAGACCGACUGCAUCACUUCUUGUUUUUACAAGAAACAUUAAUGUGUUGGAAAUUCCAAAUUGUUUGCACACAACACUGACACACACACUUACCCCACCAGACAUGCCACCAGGGGUCUAUUCACAGUCCCCAGGUCCAGAACAAAUUCAAGGAAAAGUACAGUAUUAUACAGAGCCAUGAUUGCAUGGAUCUCCCUUCCACCUCAUAUAGAACAAGUGAACAGCAAACCAGCACAACGCCUCUCCCCCAUGUAACCUACUUGUGUGUAUGUACUGACAUGUGACCUACUGGUUGUGUGUAUGUACUGACAUGUGACCUACUUGUUGUGUGUAUGUACUGACAUGUGACCUACUGGUUGUGUGUAUGUACUGACAUGUGACCUACUUGUUGUGUGUAUGUACUGACAUGUGACCUACUUGUUGUGUGUAUGUACUGACCUGUGACCUACUGGUUGUGUGUAUGUACUGACAUGUGACCUACUGGUUGUGUGUAUGUACUGACAUGUGACCUACUGGUUGUGUGUAUGUACUGACAUGUGACCUACUUGUUGUGUGUAUGUACUGACCUGUGACCUACUGGUUGUGUGUAUGUACUGACAUGUGACCUACUGGUUGUGUGUAUGUUGUCACGAACCGGCUCAAAGCCCGUAACAAAGGGAGACAAACGUGGAGAUAAGGAGUAACAAAAUAUAUAUUUAUUAACCAAAGCAACUAAGGAAAAUAUACAAUGGUGUGUGUGUGUAAUCAGUAAUCAGUAGUGUAAGUGAGUGUUUUGCAUGAAUGUGAUAAUGCAGGGUGUUGAAAGGUGCCAAUGCAAACAAACGGCCACCAAGAACCACAACACAAUCUACAAAGGUGUCUGCAUGGAGAGAGUCUCCUCCAUGAAUGUGGAAGAGGUCUAUUUAUCCUUUGACACACCUGGCCCAGGUGUUUCCCCUGUAGCUGACGACCCUCCCAACUCCGCCCACCGGCAUCCUAAUAAGGAAACAAGAAGACAGAAUACGGCAGACAGAGUGGGAGGGUCGUCACAAUGUACUGACAUGUGACCUACUGGUUGUGUGUAUGUACUGACAUGUGACCUACUGGUUGUGUGUAUGUACUGACAUGUGACCUACUGGUUGUGUGUAUGUACUGACAUGUUACCUACUGGUUGUGUGUAUGUACUGACAUGUGACCUACUUGUUGUGUGUAUGUACUGACCUGUGACCUACUGGUUGUGUGUAUGUACUGACAUGUGACCUACUGGUUGUGUGUAUGUACUGACAUGUGACCUACUGGUUGUGUGUAUGUACUGACAUGUGACCUACUGGUUGUGUGUAUGUACUGACAUGUGACCUACUUGUUGUGUGUAUGUACUGACAUGUGACCUACUUGUAGUGUGUAUGUACUGACAUGUGACCUUCUUGUAGUGUAUAUGUACUGACAUGUGACCUACUGGUUGUGUGUAUGUACUGACAUGUGACCUACUUGUAGUGUGUAUGUACUGACAUGUGACCUACUUGUAGUGUGUAUGUACUGACAUGUAACCUACUUGUAGUGUGUAUGUACUGACAUGUGACCUACUGGUUGUGUGUAUGUACUGAUAUGUGACCUACUUGUUGUGUGUAUGUACUGACAUGUGACCUACUGGUUGUGUGUAUGUACUGACAUGUGACCUACUGGUUGUGUGUAUGUACUGACAUGUGACCUACUUGUUGUGUGUAUGUACUGACAUGUGACCUACUUGUUGUGUGUAUGUACUGACCUGUGACCUACUGGUUGUGUGUAUGUACUGACAUGUGACCUACUGGUUGUGUGUAUGUUGUCACGAACCGGCUCAAAGCCCGUAACAAAGGGAGACAAACGUGGAGAUAAGGAGUAACAAAAUAUAUAUUUAUUAACCAAAGCAACUAAGGAAAAUAUACAAUGGUGUGUGUGUGUAAUCAGUAAUCAGUAGUGUAAGUGAGUGUUUUGCAUGAAUGUGAUAAUGCAGGGUGUUGAAAGGUGCCAAUGCAAACAAACGGCCACCAAGAACCACAACACAAUCUACAAAGGUGUCUGCAUGGAGAGAGUCUCCUCCAUGAAUGUGGAAGAGGUCUAUUUAUCCUUUGACACACCUGGCCCAGGUGUUUCCCCUGUAGCUGACGACCCUCCCAACUCCGCCCACCGGCAUCCUAAUAAGGAAACAAGAAGACAGAAUACGGCAGACAGAGUGGGAGGGUCGUCACAAUGUACUGACAUGUGACCUACUGGUUGUGUGUAUGUACUGACAUGUGACCUACUGGUUGUGUGUAUGUACUGACAUGUGACCUACUGGUUGUGUGUAUGUACUGACAUGUUACCUACUGGUUUUGUGUAUGUACUGACAUGUGACCUACUUGUUGUGUGUAUGUACUGACCUGUGACCUACUGGUUGUGUGUAUGUACUGACAUGUGACCUACUGGUUGUGUGUAUGUACUGACAUGUGACCUACUGGUUGUGUGUAUGUACUGACAUGUGACCUACUGGUUGUGUGUAUGUACUGACAUGUGACCUACUUGUUGUGUGUAUGUACUGACAUGUGACCUACUUGUAGUGUGUAUGUACUGACAUGUGACCUUCUUGUAGUGUGUAUGUACUGACAUGUGACCUACUGGUUGUGUGUAUGUACUGACAUGUGACCUACUUGUAGUGUGUAUGUACUGACAUGUGACCUACUUGUAGUGUGUAUGUACUGACAUGUAACCUACUUGUAGUGUGUAUGUACUGACAUGUGACCUACUGGUUGUGUGUAUGUACUGACAUGUGACCUACUUGUUGUGUGUAUGUACUGACAUGUGACCUACUGGUUGUGUGUAUGUACUGACAUGUGACCUACUGGUUGUGUGUAUGUACUGACAUGUGACCUACUUGUUGUGUGUAUGUACUGACAUGUGACCUACUUGUUGUGUGUAUGUACUGACCUGUGACCUACUGGUUGUGUGUAUGUACUGACAUGUGACCUACUGGUUGUGUGUAUGUUGUCACGAACCGGCUCAAAGCCCAUAACAAAGGGAGACAAACGUGGAGAUAAGGAGUAACAAAAUAUAUAUUUAUUAACCAAAGCAACUAAGGAAAAUAUACAAUGGUGUGUGUGUGUGUAAUCAGUAGUGUAAGUGAGUGUUUUGCAUGAAUGUGAUAAUGCAGGGUGUUGAAAGGUGCCAAUGCAAACAAACGGCCACCAAGAACCACAACACAAUCUACAAAGGUGUCUGCAUGGAGAGAGUCUCCUCCAUGAAUGUGGAAGAGGUCUAUUUAUCCUUUGACACACCUGGCCCAGGUGUUUCCCCUGUAGCUGACGACCCUCCCAACUCCGCCCACCGGCAUCCUAAUAAGGAAACAAGAAGACAGAAUACGGCAGACAGAGUGGGAGGGUCGUCACAAUGUACUGACAUGUGACCUACUGGUUGUGUGUAUGUACUGACAUGUGACCUACUGGUUGUGUGUAUGUACUGACAUGUGACCUACUGGUUGUGUGUAUGUACUGACAUGUUACCUACUGGUUUUGUGUAUGUACUGACAUGUGACCUACUUGUUGUGUGUAUGUACUGACCUGUGACCUACUGGUUGUGUGUAUGUACUGACAUGUGACCUACUGGUUGUGUGUAUGUACUGACAUGUGACCUACUGGUUGUGUGUAUGUACUGACAUGUGACCUACUGGUUGUGUGUAUGUACUGACAUGUGACCUACUUGUUGUGUGUAUGUACUGACAUGUGACCUACUUGUAGUGUGUAUGUACUGACAUGUGACCUUCUUGUAGUGUGUAUGUACUGACAUGUGACCUACUGGUUGUGUGUAUGUACUGACAUGUGACCUACUUGUUGUGUGUAUGUACUGACAUGUGACCUACUUGUAGUGUGUAUGUACUGACAUGUAACCUACUUGUAGUGUGUAUGUACUGACAUGUAACCUACUUGUAGUGUGUAUGUACUGACAUGUGACCUUCUUGUUGUGUGUAUGUACUGACAUGUAUGUGUAACUGAUAGAUGCACACACACUUCAUGUCAAUGUUUUUAAAUGUAUGUAAAUUGUAAAGUGUUCUGUAAUGCCCUUUUCGUUAUGUGUUGGACCCCAGUAAGCCGAGCUGUUGCCAAUGGCGUCGGCUAAUGGGGAUCCUAAUGAAUGUAAUCAAAUCAAAAGGAACUUUAGGGGGUCCAUUCAAUCACAUUGGAUGCAGUCCAUCACAGUGAUAGACUUGGUUUUGGUUUUGUCACCAAAGCCCCAUACACUACCCACCACUGCGACCUGUACGCUCUCGUUGGCUGGCCCUCGCUUCAUACUCGUCGCCAAACCCACUGGCUCCAGGUCAUCUACAAGACCCUGCUAGGUAAAGUCUCCCCUUAUCUCACCUCGCUGGUCACCAUAGCAGCACCCACCUGUAGCACACGCUCCAGCAGGUAUAUCUCUCUAGUCACCCCCAAAACCAAUUCUUUCUUUGGCCGCCUCUCCUUUCAGUUCUCUGCUGCCAAUGACUGGAACGAACUGCAAAAAUCUCUGAAACUGGAAACACUUAUCCCCCUCACGAGCUUUAAGCACCAGCUGUCAGAGCAGCUCACAGAUUACUGCACCUGUACGUAGCCCAUCUAUAAUUUAGCCCAAACAACUACCUCUCCCCCUAUUGUAUUUAUUUAUUUUGCUCCUUUGCACCCCAUUAUUUCUAUCUCUACUUUGCACAUUCUUCCACUGCAAAUCUACCAUUCCAGUGUUAAUUUUUAAAUUUAUUUUAAUUUUUGCUAUAUUUUUAAAUAUUUUUUAUAUUUUUUUUCCUUGCUAUAUUGUAUUUACUUCGCCACCAUGGCCUUUUUUGCCUUUACCUCGCUUAUCUCACCUUAUUUGCUCACAUUGUAUAUAGACUUAUUUUUCUACUGUAUUAUUGACUGUAUGUUUGUUUUACUCCAUGUGUAACUCUGUGUCGUUGUACCUGUCGAACUGCUUUGCUUUAUCUUGACCAGGUCGCAGUUGUAAAUGAGAACUUGUUCUCAACUAGCCUAUCUGGUUAUAUAAAGGUGAAAUAAAUAAAUAAACAUCCGCUUUGCCGAUAUCCGCAUAGCUCCACUUUCUCAUUCUGCACUUGAGUGAGUGGGUGGGACAGUUGUGGCUUCGUGAUCAAUAGCUCCAGUAACACCUCCGACAAAAAUCAUCAGCUACGCUGGUUUUGGCUAUCGCCGGUUAGCUAUGGAUCUGAUUGAAUUGAGGCCACAUUGGAGUACUUGGACUGUUGCUUUAUACUGAAUUUCAAAACUAACAAGCCUUUUACAUAACAAAUUAAUCUGUAUCGGCUUCCUGCUGAUUCUAGAACUGGUCACAGGGGCACAGCUGCCAUCCACAUGACACAUCUGUUGCAUGUUACUCACUACCUUCAUCCUCGAGCUCAGCGUUUCCCAAACUCAGUCAUGUGGGACCCCAGGGGGUGCACGAUUUUGUAUUUUGCCCCUAGCACUACACAGCUGAUUCAAAUAAUCAACCAAUCUUCAAACUUUGAUUAUUUGAAUCAGGUGUGUAGUGCUAGGGAUAAAACUAAAACGUGCUCCCCUUAUGGCCCCCAGUACUGAGUUUGGGAAACGCUGCUUUAGCUAUAACCCUUCCCUAGGUAACACUGCCCAGAUCAGCAUUUCCCAACCUUCUCCUGUGGGUCCCCUACAGACAUUUCACAUGUUUGUAUUAACCCUAAACUGGCACACCUGAUUCAAUUAGUCAAUGGCUUGAUGAUUAGUUGACUAAUUAAAUCAGGUGUGCCAGUUUAGGGACAAAACUUGAGGGAGGCUUGAGAAGAGGGGUUUUGUAUAUCUGUAACACAUCUUCAGAUAAAUACAUACGAGUAGUAUCAACACAGAGGCUGUCCUAAUAUGGACACUACAUCAGUAUGUUAAGUGCACUGUCAUUCUACACCAGCAGGUGGUGCUAGAGUUGAAUGAAAGGUGGUUCAUCAUGAGACGAUGAGUGUGAAAACACAGCAUACUGUUACCACAGUACACUGGUACUUAAGUAAUCUGAAAUAGACAAAUAAUUAUUCUACUCAUUACAAUAAUGUGUAUGGGGAUGACUCCGAGAGGAAUUCCUUCAAAGCACAGAUGUUGUAUGAAAAGACUGACUCUUAUAGUACCCAAGAAAUGAGUAUGGUUGUCUGGACUGACUGCGGCAAAAAGAAUGUCAGUGACAAGAUGGAAGACUCCACAUAAACUCAGCGUAACUCAAUGGGAACAAAACUUACUUGACAUCCUUUCACUAGAGUUCUACAUAGCUCGUGUGAACAGCGCCAAGUAAACAACAUUAGAUACAUUCAAUAGAGCAGUCGAAAAGGUCAAAAGCUUAUUAUGAGUAAUGUAAUGUAAUCAUCUUUGAAUUGAUCAAUUGCUUUAAUUAUUUUGAAUAUCUGUGUCGAAUACUGAUAUAUGCAGGGUGAUUCUAUUCACAUGUGCCUUGGUCACACAAACACUUUUACAAUCAUGAGUUACCCAUGAUGUUUUGUUUUAUGCAUAGAUGUGUUCACAACAUUCAUUUUUUACUGUUUUUUUGUUUCUUCAUAUAUUUUUAUACAAAACAUAUUUCACCUUUAUUUAACCAGGUAGGCCAGUUGAGAACAAGUUGUCAUUUACAACUGUGAUAUAUACUAUUGUUAUAUUAUUGCCUGUCUGUGAUCUAAAACUCUCACAAAAAAAGUGGU